CCGCUGGUGACGGCCCGGGCGUCCGCAGGCGAGCUCUCCAUGGAGAAGGUGAAGGUGAAGCGGUACGUGUCGGGGAAGCGGCCCGACUAUGCGCCCAUGGAGUCCUCGGAGGAGGAGGACGAGGAGUUCCAGUUCAUCAAGAAGGCGAAGGAGCAGGAGGUGGAGCCCGAGGAGCAGGAGGAGGAGCUCGCCAACGACCCCCGGCUCCGGCGCCUCCAGAACCGCAUCGCCGAAGAUGUGGAGGAGCGGCUGGCAAGACACCGUAAAAUCGUGGAGCCUGAAGUGGUUGGAGAAAGCGAUUCAGAGGUGGAGGGGGAAGCCUGGCGCCUGGAGCGGGAGGACACCAGCGAAGAGGAAGAGGAAGAGAUCGAUGAUGAGGAGAUCGAGCGUCGGCGUGGAAUGAUGCGUCAGCGAGCGCAGGAGAGGAAAACUGAGGAGAUGGAAGUGAUGGAGUUGGAAGAUGAAGGUCGAUCAGGGGAAGAGUCUGAGUCAGAGUCUGAGUAUGAGGAGUACACGGACAGUGAGGAUGAAAUGGAACCGCGUCUCAAACCUGUCUUCAUCCGCAAGAAGGACCGGAUCACAGUUCAGGAGCGAGAAGCAGAAGCCUUGAAGCAGAAGGAGCUGGAGCAGGAGGCAAAGAGGCUGGCGGAGGAGAGGCGCAAGUACACACUCAAGAUCGUCGAAGAGGAAGCAAAGAAGGAGCUGGAGGAGAACAAGCGCUCGCUGGCAGCACUGGAUGCACUUGAUACAGAUGAUGAGAACGAUGAGGAGGAGUAUGAGGCCUGGAAAGUGCGUGAGCUGAAGCGUAUCAAACGGGACCGUGAAGAACGAGAAGCCAUGGAGAAGGAGAAGGCGGAGAUCGAGCGCAUGCGGAACCUGACGGAGGAGGAGCGCCGGGCUGAGCUUCGGGCCAACGGCAAGGUCAUCACCAACAAGGCGGUGAAGGGCAAAUACAAGUUCCUGCAGAAGUACUACCACCGCGGUGCCUUCUUCAUGGAUGAGGAUGAGGAGGUGUACAAGAGGGACUUCAGCGCCCCGACCCUCGAGGACCACUUCAACAAGACCAUCCUGCCCAAAGUCAUGCAGGUCAAGAACUUUGGGCGCUCGGGGCGGACAAAGUACACGCACUUGGUGGACCAGGACACCACCUCCUUCGACUCUGCCUGGGGCCAGGAGAGUGCGCAGAACACCAAGUUCUUUAAGCAGAAAGCAGCGGGCGUACGGGAUGUCUUUGAGAGACCCUCAGCCAAGAAGCGAAAGACCACUUAAGGGACAGGGCAGGAGGGCACUUCUCUGCCAGCUGCUGGGAGCCUGGGCAGAAGGGACACAGCACUGUGCCAGGAAGCCUGCGGUGAGCAGCCUUUCCUCUGUGCCCCUGCACCACGCCUGCCCUGUCGAGGCUGUGUCCCGCUCCCUGUGCUGCGGAGACCCUGCCCAGGUCCACGGAGGAUGACAACCUGUCUGCGCUGGCCAUGCCCGUGGCCACACCGCCGAGCCACCAGCAGCUGCCCUGAGAGCCUUGGCAGGGCCCGACAGGGCUGUGCGGGAGCGCAGCAAAGCCCCUGGCUCCAGUGCACCCACUUUUGGAGGAAUUAACAGACUUUUAUACCCGUCUGGUCCACAGCAUCUCCCUGUCGCUUGUCCUUUCCCCGUUACCAGUUUGGACCCUUUUUUUUUGCUGUGGGGCAGCGCUGAGCCCAUCUCCUCACCCUGUUUCUGCAGGGCUUGGCUUUUCUACCUGUGCGGGGUCAGUGGGAGGGUCGGUUU